AUGGCGUCGUUGGCUCAGCAAUUCACGGGCCUGAGGUGCUCUCCACUCUCUUCCUCUUCUAGGUUAUCGAGGAGAGCCGCGAAGAACUUUCCUCAGAACAAAUCCGCCUCCGUUUCUCCGACGAUUGUCGCCGCCGUUGCGAUGUCUAGCGGGCAGACAAGGGAGCGUCUCGAGCUGAAGAAGAUGUUCGAGGACGCUUACGAGCGAUGUCGAACUGCUCCCAUGGAAGGUGUCGCGUUCACCGUCGACGAUUUCGCAGCUGCUAUCGAACAAUACGACUUCAAUUCCGAGAUCGGCACUAGGGUAAAAGGAACGGUGUUCAAGACUGACGCAAAUGGUGCAUUAGUUGACAUUUCUGCAAAGUCAUCGGCCUACUUGUCGGUUGAACAGGCGUGCAUUCAUAGAAUCAAGCAUGUGGAAGAAGCCGGAAUUGUUCCUGGUAUGACUGAAGAGUUUGUCAUUAUCGGUGAAAACGAAAGUGAUGACAGUUUGCUAUUGAGCUUAAGGAUGAUCCAAUACGAACUUGCUUGGGAACGAUGCAGGCAGCUUCAGGCUGAGGAUGUCAUUGUCAAGGCUAAGGUUAUUGGUGCUAACAAAGGUGGAUUGGUGGCUCUAGUGGAGGGUCUUCGUGGGUUUGUGCCAUUUUCACAAAUAUCAUCGAAAGCAGCAGCUGAAGAGCUUCUUGAUAAAGAAAUACCUCUCAAGUUUGUGGAGGUUGAUGAGGAACAAACUAAACUUGUCCUCAGCAACCGUAAAGCAGUAGCAGACAGCCAAGCUCAGCUUGGAAUCGGAUCUGUGGUCCUCGGAGUUGUUCAGAGCUUGAAACCCUAUGGUGCCUUCAUUGACAUUGGGGGGAUCAAUGGGCUUCUUCAUGUCAGUCAGAUCAGUCAUGAUCGUGUCUCAGAUAUCGCAACUGUUCUUCAGCCUGGUGACACUCUGAAGGUUAUGAUACUGAGCCACGACCGUGACAGAGGAAGAGUAAGUCUCUCCACCAAGAAGCUAGAGCCAACACCUGGUGAUAUGAUCCGCAACCCAAAACUUGUUUUCGAGAAGGCUGAGGAGAUGGCUCAGACGUUCAGGCAGAGAAUCGCACAAGCAGAAGCUAUGGCUCGUGCAGACAUGCUUCGCUUCCAACCUGAGAGCGGACUGACGCUGAGUUCUGAAGGGAUACUAGGGCCGCUUGGAUCUGAGUUACCGGAUGAUGGCGUAGAUCUCACUGUCGACGACAUCCCGCCCGCCGUUGAUCUUUAG